AUGGAACGUUACCUCCUGGAAUCCAUCACCAGGCUAGAGCCUCCAUCCCGGCCUACGCCUUCACCCCUGGACCAGACCAGUGACCAUGCACACAGCCUGUUUGCAAUCCUGCCAGCAGGGGGUAGAAGAGAGUGGCAUGUGGUGGACCAGCUGGAGGCUCUGGUCCUUAUGAAAGAUUUCCAGGACGUCCCAAGAGCCAUGGUGGGGACUUCUUGCUGGAAGGAUCCUGGACAACGGGAAUGGGACCUGCCAUUUUUCUGUUACUGUGGGAUGGGUCUGUAUGGGUGGAGGUGACACUGGUCCAUCCUAGUAAGGCAGUUCCUGUUCUACGAAGUUUACGUGAGGAACACAACGACCGGGUACUUUACAAGAGCCUGUUCCGCUCUGGAAUAUUGUCUGACACCCGUGCCUGCCGACCAACCAGCAGCCGCUGUGCAGUUACACAGACCCCCACACGGGUAAACCCUGGUAUUGCUACAAGCCAAAGCAGCUGCUGAGCUGUGAAACACAGAUCAACAACUUCUGGGCAGGCUACCAGAAAGAUCUAAUAACCGACAAAGAAGCACUGCUCUUCCAAAGGUAAGUGCGGGGUAAAAAGGCAAUAUUUUAGCCUUUUUUAUAUGUACAAUUACAGAGUGUGGUUCAGGUGAAUGGUAUCGCUUGCUUUACAUUUUAAAUUAUUCUCAAACUUGUUUAGUGGCGUCAACCUUAUAGCACGUAUUCACAGUGUCACUGUGCCGCCUAAGAAAACAGCUAGGAGUAUGUGUGUAGUGUGAAGAAAAAUUACUACCUGUAAAGUGAUGGUAGCUGGUGCAUCAUGCCUCCUUUUGGGUGUUGGGAAUGGCGGAUGGGCGUAAGCAUCUGCCUCUGAUUCCAAAGGUUGCAAGUUUGAAUCCAGCAAUAGAAAGUUGUUUUAUACUCCUGAGUGGCGCAGUGGUCUAAGGCACUGCAUCGCAGUGCUAACUGUGCCUCUAGAGAUCCUGGUUCGAAUCCAGGCUCUGUCGCAGCCGGCCGCGACCGGGAGACUCAUGGGCGGUGCACAAUUGGCCCAGGGUAGGGGAGGGAAUGGCCGGCAGGGAUGUAGCUCAGUUGAUAGAGCAUGGCGUUUGCAACGCCAGGGUUGUGGGUUCGAUUCCCACGGGGGGCCAGUAUAAAAAAAUAUGUAUUCACUAACUGUAAGUCGCUCUGGAUAAGAGCGUCUGCUAAAUGACUAAAAUGUAAUGUAAUGUAAAUGUUGUAUUUCAGACAAACAAGAGGUGGAAAGCAGCAGUGCAAAGGCAGUGCCUAUCAGGACCACUCGCUCUGGGUAUUACUUCCAAGGGUCAUGGUGGGCUCUGGGUGGUUUCGUGAUGCGCCAGUUUAACGACCCCACUGCCAUUACUCAGUGUCUGAAGGGCAAGGUGGUGUACAUGGUCCAUCUGUAGCUCAGCUGGUAGAGCACGGCGCUUGUAACGCCAAGGUAGUGGGUUCGAUCCCCGGGACCACCCAUACACAAAAAAAAUGUAUGCACCCAUGACUGUAAAUCGCUUUGGAUUAAAGCGUCUGCUAAAUGGCAUAUUAUUAUUAUUACAUGUACGGAGACGCCACCGUCAGAAAGUACUACAAGUUCCUCAACAGCUUCUUGCCAGUUGAGUGCUGUUUGCCAAUACUAUCUCACACUUGGCUGUCUCAGGAAUGUUCAAAUUAUCUCUCUCGCUCUCCCUCAAACAUUUAUCUUCCUCUCUCUCUGUCAAAGAGCUGAAGGAGUUCAACCUUCAAAGUCCUGUGAGCGCAGGGCCCUUCAUGGCGAUGGACAUCCCCCACAACAUCCUGCUGAAGGACCGCAGCCACGGUCCCCCCUCCUCCUGGACCCCUCUCAUUAUCAGUCAGCUGCGCUAUGUAGCUAACGAGCUGGAUGGCUUGGCUCAGACACUGUUGUAGUCAUCAGCGUUUGGGCUCAUUUCAGCACCUUCCCUGUGCAGUUCUACAUUCACCAACUACGCCACAUUCAAAGGGCGGUGGUGCAGCUUCUGGACCGGGCUCCAGGGACCGUGGUAGUGGUGUGCUCGGCUAACCUCCGUGCCCAAAGCAUACAGGAGAGCCUCAUCAUCUGUGACUGGUUUUCAGUGCAACUGGACAGGGUGCUCAAGGCCAUGUUCAGGGGCCUGAAUAUCUUGUUAGUGGACGCCUUGGAGAUGACCCUUGCUCCCCACCUCACCCACGAUAUCCACCCUCGCCCCCCAAUCAUCAAGAACAUGAUAAACCCUAUCCUCUCUCGCGUCUGCCCAGUGAAGAACUAG